AUGUCUGUUAGAAUACAAUUAUAUACAAACAUUUCCUCUAGAUGUUGUAUCUUUGUAGUAAUACCAACCCUAUCAUCCAGCUUUUGUUGUAACUCUGCUGCUACCUAUAUCAAUUAUCAGAAUAACAAUAAGCAUGCUAUAGAUAGUGACGAUAUUGUUUUAUGUGCUAUCCAUUCAACUACGACGUUGUUUGAUUUGUCUUUUAAUAACUUACAAUAA